AUGGAUUAUGUUCCCUACAUGCUAAGUAUACUUUUUUGGUUUGAAUAUCGAGUCAAGUUUUUCAGAAAAGCAAUGUCACUACUCCGGCGAGCUUUUCCUUUAACCUCAUCCAUUUUAGAAACAGUUCGAUCUCUUUCUUCAAUAAACCAUCAUUCGAUACAAUCGACGAACUUUUCCAUCAUGUCAACCACACCAAAAAAACCCGACGCAACAACCGGCAGCCAAGGUGAACCCUUGCCUAGUAAAGAACCAACUUCAAGCGAUAAUGCCAAUCGUCGUUAUGAGGUUAUCGAACGUGGCCAAUUGCAUACAUUGAGUUAUCGUUGUUACUUUCGAGACACUCAAACGAAUACAAUCGUCUCGCCAUUUCAUGAUAUUCCACUUGUUAAUGAAGAUUAUACGAAAUCGAAUGAAAAUCAAGAUGUAACUAUUUAUAAUAUGGUCGUUGAAGUACCACGAUGGACAAAUGCGAAAAUGGAAAUUAACAAACAAUUCAAAAUGAAUCCACUCGUCCAAGAUGUGAAAAAUGGUAAACCACGUUUUGUCCAUAAUGUCUUUCCUUAUCAUGGUUAUUUAUGGAAUUAUGGUGCAUUGCCACAAACAUGGGAAGAUCCGAAUCAUGUUGAUGAAGACACGAAAACCACUGGUGAUAACGAUCCAAUCGAUGUCUGUGAAAUCGGUACAACUCUUCAUGCAACUGGUUCAGUCAUUCCAGUGAAAAUCGUCGGUGUGCUUGGUUUAAUUGACGAAGGAGAAACCGAUUGGAAAUUAAUCGGUAUUGAUAUCCGCGAUAAACUUGCUUCGCAAAUUCACGAUAUCAAUGAUGUUGACAAACAUCUUCCAGGUUUACUUGAAGCAACACUUCGUUGGUUUAAAUAUUAUAAAGUUCCAACAGGUAAACCUCCAAACCAAUUCGCACUUAAUGAACAGUACGGUGAUCGUGCAUAUGCAAAUCGCGUUAUUGAUGAAACAAGAAAAUAUUGGGAAAAAUUAGCAAGUGGAGAGACAAAAGUUGAAGAAAAAGUUUGUGCAAUCGCGAAUACAACACUAAACAAUCGUGGAACGAUCAGCAAAGACGAUGCCGAGAAGAUUGUCGAAGCCGAUGAGAAACAUCAGAAAGAACCAGCGAAACUCGAUGCUAGUGUUCAUCAAUUAUCUUAUGUUAAAGACAAUGAAGAAAGAUCAAACAAAGAAAAAAAGAUUAUGACACUGAAUUCACUGGUUCAUUUGAAUAAAAUAUCGAAAAAUCUUUGGCAUUUGUUGUUCAAUCGACCGACGUAUCAUAAUGCAUUCAAUACAGAAUUUGCACAACAACUCAUUGCUCGUUGCCAACAGAUUCGUGCGUCGAAUGACAUUCGAUCAGCGGUGAUUGUGUCGGGGCAAGGAAAGUCAUUUUGUUCAGGCGCUGAUCUGAAAGAACGUCAACAUAUCACAGAACCAAAACAAUGGAUGGAACAACAUCACAUUUUCGAACAAAUGUUCAAUUCGUUGGCACAAUUGAAACUACCAACGAUUGCGUGUGUUGAAGGAUUUGCUUUGGCUGGUGGUUUUGAAUUAGCAUUGAAUUGUGAUAUGAUCGUUGCGUCGCGUUCUUCUUCAUUUGGAUUACCUGAAGUCACACGUGGGAUUAUGCCUGGUGGUGGUGGUACUCAGUUACUUGCUCGUCUCGUUGGACCGGCACGAGCGAAACAAAUAGCCAUUACUGGACGAAAAUUGAACGCUCAAGAAGCAUUCGACAUGGGAAUCGUGCAGAUUUUAACUGAAGACGGUCAAGCGUUGGAGAGAGGAAUUGAAUUGGGAAUGACCAUUGCAACAAAUGCACCGUUGGCAACACAGGCGAUUAAACAAGCGAUUGAUGAAGGAUGGGGAAAGAGUACGGAUGAUGCCAAAGCAAUUGAAUUAACAUAUUAUAAAGAAUUAAUCGAUACGGAAGAUCGUCAUGAAGGUAUUCGGGCAUUCAAUGAAAAACGAAAACCGCAAUGGAAAGGAAAUUGA